UAAAACGAACGUGUUUUUACCAUGACCUACAGAUCCACAUUGGACACCGGAAGGUGUAAAACAGUUUUAAUUUCGCAUCAUUAAUGUUUGUAAAGUCGAUAUUCCUGUAAAUUAUGGCGGGGAUUGUGUGUCGUACUGUAAGCCGGAUUAUAUCGAGUCAAGCAUCAUGCAGUAGCUCUGUGGUUGCUGUCAGACACAGUCACUGGUUCACAUCAAUGCUUUCCCUGAAAACAUCUGUGCCAUUAAGAGCAGAGCCCAAGAAGAAGAAGAAGGUGGACCCGCGGCGAGAGAUGAUGAUGAAGGAGCGUCUGAAGAAGAAGCUUAAACGGCUGGAGAAAGUUCCUCCAGAACUGAUUCCCAUUGAAGACUUCAUUACAUCAGCUAAGAGCUUCGACGAGACCAGGAUCCGCGAGGCUCCCAAACUCUCUUUUGAGGAGAGCGAGCGCAGAGCCCAUCUGCUGAAGGAGUGGUCCCGAUACAAGCGCACUCAGCACCAGACGGAGAUGGAUGUCAUCCAGGAGGCUCUGGAGGCUCAGAGGCAAGCGCUGGACGAGCUGAAGCUGGAAUCAGAAGAGCUUUAUAAAGCAGCAGUCAGCCCAGAUACGGACGUGUUCCCUUUCCAGCACGAGGGUCCCUGUUACACACCUCCAAUUACAAACUAUGAGGCUCCAGAGGGCAAAUACAACGACAUUACGCGAGUGUACACGCAGUGAGGCUCUGCGAAGGGGAUAAGUGUUGCUUUCUGCUCUGAUGAAGAGCAGCUGUAUGUCAAAAACAUCAGAGAAACAGACUGUGAGAAUGACUUUACUUCGUCAGCUCCAUUAAAUCAUGUUGCAAAUGAAUAUUUGUCAACACACCUGGAACACAAGGACAAAAAAAAUAAAGUUUUUGCAAGACUU